UUCAAAAAGAGACACCUAAUGGGCUCUUCUCCCCUCCCUCUUCCUCACAUUGCCGUCUUUCCCUUCAUGUCCAAAGGCCACACCAUCCCUCUCAUCCAUCUAGCCCACCUCCUCCACCGCCGCCGCCUCGCCACCCUCACCUUCUUCACCACCCCUCUCAACGCUCCCUUCAUCCGCGACUCCCUCGCGGGCACCGAUGCAUCCAUCGUCGAGCUUCCUUUCCCGGAGAACGUCCCCGACAUCCCAGCCGGCGUCGAGAGUACCGACCGCCUUCCCUCCAUGUCGCUCUUUAUACCCUUCACGUACGCGGUCAAGCGCCUGAGGCCGCACUUCGAGCGAGCCCUCGCCAGCCUGCCGACGGUCAGCCUCCUCAUCUCCGACGGCUUCCUUGGCUGGACCAACGACUCCGCCUCCAAGUUUGGGAUCCCAAGGCUGGUCUUCUACGGGAUGGGCAACUUUGCCCAGACGGUUAGCUGCAAGGUCGCCGUAUACAAGCCGCACGCCGGAGUGACCUCUUACGACGAGCCCUUCAUGGUUCCCGGCUUUCCCCAUAUUUGGCUCACCCGGUCUGACCUCGAACCGCCGUUUGACGACCCCAACCCGGACCCGAAGGAUCCCCACUUCCAGUUCAUUGUAGAGCAAACGAUGGCCACCGGUGCUAGCCAGGGGGUCCUGGUCAAUAGCUUCUACGAAUUGGAGGCGGCUUAUGUGGACCGGUGCAACACGGAGGGCGUACCUAGAGCCUGGUGCAUCGGCCCACUAUGCCUGGCCAGGCAAACAUCCCCGCCAGCCGAGAAGACCGGGUGGAUGGACUGGCUGGACUCGCGGCAGCGCAUGAAUCGACCGGUUAUCUAUGUUGCCUUCGGAUCCCAGGCUGAGCUGUCGGCGGCCCAGCUGCAGCAGCUUGCUAUCGGGUUGGAGCGAUCCGGGUUGGACUUCUUGUGGGUGGUUCGGGCCAAGGCGAUGGAUCUCGGGCAAGGGUUUGAGGAGAGGGUGAUGGACAGAGGGAGGGUGGUUCGGGGCUGGGUGAACCAGAUGGAGAUUCUUCACCAUGGGAGUGUCCAAGGAUUCAUCAGCCACUGCGGAUGGAACUCGGUGAUGGAGAGCGUGUCUGCUGGUGUGCCGAUCCUGGCGUGGCCGCUGAUGGCCGAGCAGAAGCUUAAUGCAAAGUUUGUUGUCGAUGAGCUCAAGCUUGGGCUGAGGGUUCGACCGAGCGGCGGCACACCCAACGGACUAGUUAUGUCGGAGGAGAUAGAGAGAUCGGCGAGAGAACUGUUGGUGGGAGAGAAAGGAAAGGAGGCAGCAGGGAGGGCGAGGAACUGGGCGGAAGCGGCGAGAAAGGCGAUGGAUGGUGGAGCGUCAUGGCUUACGCUAGAGAAAAUGAUUGAGGAGGUUUGUGUUAAAAGAACAACCGAGAAUGCUAUCGUUUCAGCAGCGCUGGUGACUGCUGCAUGAAGCUCUUGUCGGAUAUCGAAGUGUCCAAAAUGCCUUCCUUGUGUCUCUGUGGCGUACUCUGUUUCAACAUCAAUAUUACAUGGAAAAUACUCUUAUAAAAGAACCUUUUUAGUUGCAAGCUUAUGCUUUAAUAGGACAUAUUUUAAUGCAUCAGUCAUAGAACUCGAUACAUGUAAUGAUGAGUUCCGUGAUUUAAGUUUUAAUCCAUGGUAAAGUCGAUCAUUUCUU